AUGGCCGCGUCCAUGUGCUCCAAAUUUCGCACUUUUUCUAUUUUUAUCAUUUUCUAAAUGAAAGGCAUCUUAGUUUUCAACGCGAAGAAUGACAUUGUUUUUAUCUGGGCGGAUAGUGCCUUUAGAAAUCAUGUGAAUAGCCAGGCACUCGAAAGUGGCCUGAUUCAGGCCACUGACCUGCACAAGCCGAUCAACCUCGACGCUGCUGUCCAGAUAUUCUCCAGUAUCAUCAACUCGCAGAAUUUUAUGGUCGCACACACCAAGAAUCCUUAUGCCUCGAUCAAAUUGGAAAAUGGAUUAAUCUUUGUUAUAAAACGGUUCCACGGCCAGGUGCACAUGGUAGUCAAUGGUGACGGGAAAGAAAGUGAGGAGUUUUUGGACAGGAAGUUGUACGUUCUGCAGCAGUUAAUAUUCUUCUUCUAUGGUCCAGUUGUGGAGGAAAUCAAGCCCAGACAAAUAGCCGAGAGAGAAAAACGAUGGAAGUUCAUUUCAAGUCUUCUGUUGACCUGGUCUAAACUGUACAGGUCUGAGCAAUGCUUUAGAGUAGAGGCUGUUGAAAGGCUGCGUGUCACGCAAGACCUCAACUUCAAGGCCCUAGAACUGCUCGAACAGGCACUAACAAAGAUCAGGUCAUCGGGAGACAGACACGUUCAUCACGCACUACUUCUCGUCAAGUCCAAACUGCUGGCCCUGUUUUCAAGCCGCAAUGCGUUUGAGCUUCAGUCGUCGGACAUUCUGCUGAUCACGCUGAUGAUCCAAGACCUGUUUCCCACCAAGGACACCCUGGAGGACCUCCUGUCAAUCAGCGUCAGACACCGAACCUCCAGCCUGACCGACUCCCCGACAACAGACUAUCGUGGUGAGAAAGCAAAGGGAAGUACUGACGAGGGAGAUGACGAGGAUUCUGGGAGUUUAGAUGAAGAGUAUUACAGUGUUGACUCCAUUGACGAAGAUCGGCCUCAUGAUCCAGAGCAUAGAGCAGGGCAGCAAGUCGACCGAAGUCCAAAUGAGGGAUUUUCAACACCGAGGGCUUCCUUUGAAAUUCCUGAAGACUUCAAGGCAGAGAAAGCUGAAAGCAGUGGUAGUAAACAAAGUUCUCCCGAAUCAAUUGGCUCAUCCGAGAGAUUGGAACUCUUCCAGAAAUCAGUCUUUCUCCAGGCUCCAAACUGUCGCACUCUACCACACUAUCUACACUGCCUGGAGAUUGCACCUGGCCUUGUCUUGGUUGUUGUCAGUGAGGUGACUCGAGGACGCCUUGCGAUCAUUCUGUGCCAGAUCCUGCACACGCUGAACAUGUUUCUGACGGAAUCCGCCGGGAGUAAGGAUCAGAGUCAUGGACGGUACCGCCUGGAGGUCAUGGAGGGCAACCUGAAGAAAAUCACGGAUGCUAUCAGGAAGCUCAAGGGACAGGGAGAACGCCUUGCAAGAGAUAUCCACAACCGCUGGGACAAAGUGAAGCAACAAGGUCUACUUACUUGGCUUGAACAAGCUAAACUUGAGGAGCUCCCAGUUGGUCUGGAGAGUUGUUUGGAUGAUCUGCGCGUCUGCCUGCUUGAUCUGUUCCGACGUCUUUACCUGAAUGGCCCCCACAUGACGGAUGAGACACAUGGACAGCUGGUCUCCGCGCUGUGGCGACUCCAGAUCCACUUCCAGAACAAGCUGCUCGAUUAUCGUGACUUCUUGGUUGUGAAAGCGCAGAGAAAUAUUACAAUGACGUCGUAUAUUGAAGACUAUCCUGGUCUUGUUCACUUCAUCUACAUCGACCGUACGUCCAAUACGCUGGUUGCUCCAUCCCUGAGUCUCCUCAAUAAAGACGACAAGAUGGAUGCCACCAACAUGAUCAAAGAAAAGAUUUGGCAGAUGGUUGACUGGGUCCAGAGUAAACUGACUCAAGGCUACGUAUCCAUGUCAAAACGUGAAGGUGACUUCACCUAUUCCUACUUCCUCUGGUUUGAGGAUGUAUCGGGCAGUCCAUUGGUAAUCCAGCAGCCCUUCCAGCCCUAUAAAGUCAACAUUCCUCCCGGAGUCAUUGCAGGGAACUUCUACAAAGAGAUGAUCAAAACUUGUUUCCCGAACUUUGUUCCGCGAUCUGUUCACUGUUACGAGGUGAUGACGGUGCAUGUGGGACUCGUGCCAACGGACCUCGUCCUCAAGCACUGUAGGAAGCUGGCGGCCAGUCUAUGGGAGGCUUCGGGAGAUAUCAACACUGCACUUAGCUUGUUGUAGGAUGAAGAAAGGGGAACACUGUGAUAGGUUAAACAUGAUAAAAGAAAGAGGGACACUGUGAUAGGUUAAACAUGAUAAAAGAAAGAGGGACACUGUGAUAGAUAAACAUGAUAAAAGAAAGAAGGACACUGUUAUAGGAUAAACAUGAUAAAAGAAAGAGGGACACUGUUAUAGGAUAAACAUGAUAAAAGAAAGAGGGACACUGUUAUAGGAUAAACAUGAUAAAAGAAAGAGGGACACUGUUAUAGGAUAAACAUGAUAAAAGAAAGAGGGACAUUGUUAUAGGAUAAACAUGAUGAAAGAAAGAAGGACGCUGUUAUAGGAUAAACAUGUUUAAAGAAAGAGGGACACUGUUAUAGGAUAAACAUGAUGAAAGAAAGAAGGACACUGUUAUAGGAUAAACAUGAUAAAAGAAAGAGGGACACUGUUAUAGGAUAAACAUGAUAAAAGAAAGAGGGACAUUGUUAUAGGAUAAACAUGAUGAAAGAAAGAAGGACGCUGUUAUAGGAUAAACAUGAUAAAAGAAAGAGGGACACUGUUAUAGGAUAAACAUGAUGAAAGAAAGAAGGACGCUGUUAUAGGAUAAACAUGUUUAAAGAAAGAGGGACACUGUUAUAGGAUAAACAUGAUGAAAGAAAGAAGGACGCUGUUAUAGGAUAAACAUGUUUAAAGAAAGAGGGACACUGUUAUAGGAUAAACAUGAUGAAAGAAAGCAGGACGCUGUUAUAGGAUAAACAUGAUAAAAGAAAGAGGGACACUGUUAUAGGAUAAACAUGAUAAAAGAAAGAGGGACACUGUUAUAGGAUAAACAUGAUAAAAGAAAGAGGGACACUGUUAUAGGAUAAACAUGAUGAAAGAAAGAAGGACGCUGUUAUAGGAUAAACAUGAUGAAAGAAAGAAGGACGCUGUUAUAGGAUAAACAUGAUAAAAGAAAGAGGAACACUGUUAUAGGAUAAACAUGAUAAAAGAAAGAGGGACACUGUUAUGAGAUAAAAGGAAGAUGGAACCAAGUGACAGUGUACAGAAUACAGACUGCAAAAGACAGUGUGCUACAGAAUUGACUACAAAAGACAGUGUGCUGCAGAACACAGAGCUAGAAAGACAAUGUAUAUGUACGUUUUUUACAUUGUAAUUAGAAUAUUUAUUUAUAUAAUGUAUUUAUUUGUUCAAUCUUGCAUGAAUUUGGAGAUUUCCUGAAUAGGACAGUCCAAAGAUAAUGUUUGUGACGUCAUCAACCCCUGACAAAGGACCUCAUUGCUACACAUUGGGCACGGUGCUGUAACAUUUAUUUCUUGUGUUUAUGGCAUGAUGUUUGAUUUGUCUUUAUCAAUGCUUGAUAAUAGGAAGCAGGCAGAAUGUGGGAAAAGAAAAGUUAUUAUGUGCUGAUUACCUACUGUGGGGAACUGACUCCCCAUGGUGUGAUGAUAAUGAUGUAUAAUAAUGACAGAGUAGAACAUCAUUUCCACCUGAUGGUUUCCCUGUGAUAUUCAAAAUGUCAUAUAUCGUUAUUAUCAAGAA